AUGGUAUUAAUACAAGUCAUCCUGCGAAUAAAGGUAAUGCAAGGUUACUUUUUGAACAAACUAACACAUAUUAGCAAAGUUCCUUUCACUUUUAAGUUGAUUAUUGUCACAUGGACAAUAAUUAUUCAAAGUUAUUCUCGCCCCGAGCUCCACAGUUGUCCAUGGAAAACAAUCAUACUUCCAAAGUUAGAGAAGAUGAUGACUUAGGAGUAUGGAAGACAACUUUAAUAGUUUUAUUAUUUUAUAAAUAAAAAUAUUAUUAAUUAUAUUUUUGGUAAAAUUUAUAUAAUAGUGUAGCAU